AUGUCAACGCCCGGCCCGCACUCGGACGCCGAUAUGCAGGAUGUUGAGCGGCGCAACCCGCUCACGCCCGGCGCUCGCUCCAACCGCGACCUCGCAAACAGCUCCUCGCCCCUCGCCUUCCCUUCUAGCAGCCCCGCAAAGAGCCAGGCCUCGGGCGCCCGCAGGCUUCAGCCCGGCGGCACUCCUUCCUCCCGCAUCGGCGGGUCAUCUCCUCUGCAUUUUCCCACGUCUUCCCCCUCGAGGACGCCGCGCGGACAGCGCACCCCUCUGGCCUCUGCCAGGCGAUCUGCAAACGCCGAGAACCUUCGCAUGCCGUCCAGCAGCGCAUCCAGCCGGCUCGAUGAGCCACUCUUCUUCCCUAGCUCCGGAGGCACGACCCCGAGACAUCGCCGUGGAGAGAUCCACUCUUCGGUCCCCCUGUCUUCCCCCUCGAUUGUCCGUCGAUCCCGCAUGGCAGCCGCAGCCGGCUCCGAUGCUCCUGGCUCGGCGAUCGGCAGCAGCCAUCCCUUCAGCGAUGCCCCGAGCGACGCCAUCAGCCUCUCGCAGCAGGCGCCCACGAGCGACGCCGGCGCCGCGGGCGGUCAGGAAGCCGUGUCCAAGGUCAUCUGGGGCACCAAUGUCUCGAUUGGCGAGACGAUGCAGCUCUUCCGCUCGUUCCUGCGCGGCUUCCGCCUCAAGUACCGGUGGGCCCACGCCAAGAAGCUCGGCCUCGAGGUGCCCGGCUCGCUCGGUCCGGGCCUCCAGGACGGAGAGCACCUGGUCUACGACGGCUACCUGCGCAGAAUGAGGCAGACCGACCAGACCAACCUCAACCUCCGCAUCUCGGACCUCGAGGCCUUUGGCCCGUCAAAGAGGCUCAAGCUGCAGCUGAUCCGGUACCCGCAGGAGAUGGUCCCCAUCAUGGACCAGGUGCUCAAAGACGAGAUGCUUGAGAUGGCCUAUGACGACCACAAGCACGGCCGCGACGGCAUGGGCGGCGACCUCGGCCUCGCCGAGAUCGAGAUCAUGGAGUCGAAGCUCUACAAAGUGCGGCCGUUUGGCGCCGAGGCCACCAACAUGCGCGACCUCAAUCCGGCCGACAUCGACAAGCUGGUGACGGUGCGCGGCCUCGUCAUCCGGGCCACGCCCAUCAUCCCCGAGAUGAAGCAGGCCUUCUUCCGCUGCCUCAUCUGCCACCACACGGUGCCCGUCGAGAUCGAUCGGGGCCGCAUUGCCGAGCCGGACCGAUGCCCGCGCGAGGUGUGCAACCAGCAGGGUUCCAUGUCGCUCAUCCACAACCGCUGCGAGUUCGCCGACCGCCAGGUGGUCCGCAUCCAGGAGACGCCCGACGUGGUCCCAGACGGCCAGACGCCCCACACAGUCAGCAUGUGUGCUUACGACGAGCUGGUCGACGUCAGCAAGCCCGGUGACCGCGUCGAGAUCACCGGCAUCUUCCGCAGCACGCCCGUCCGAGUCAACCCGCGCCAGCGCAGCCUCAAGAGCCUCUACAAGACCUUCGUCGACAUCCUCCACAUCAAGCGCAGCAGCGGCAAGCGCCUCGGCGUCGACCUCUCGACGCGUGACGAGUCCGAGCAGGCCGAAGGACGCGGCGCCCAGGCCGUGGGCGUGGGAGGCGAGGACGACGAUGAGGACGUCGAUCUCCGCAGCGGGUUCGCCGCCGCACUCGAGGGCGAGGCGUCGCCCAGCCAGGACCUCGAGCAGCGGCUGCGGGGCAUCGCCGACCGUCCGGACGUCUACGAGGUCCUCGCGCGCAGCCUGGCGCCCAGCAUCUACGAGAUGGACGACGUCAAGAAGGGCAUCCUGCUGCAGCUCUUUGGCGGCACCAACAAGAGCAUCAGCACGGGAGGCGGCGCGGGUGGCCCGCGCUACCGCGGCGACAUCAACGUCCUGAUGGUCGGAGACCCGGGCACGUCCAAGUCGCAGAUCCUGCAGUACGUGCACAAGAUUGCGCCGCGCGGCGUCUACGCCUCGGGCAAGGGCUCGUCGGCCGUCGGUCUGACGGCGUACGUCACGCGCGACCCGGACACCAAGCAGCUGGUGCUCGAGAGCGGUGCGCUGGUGCUGUCCGACGGCGGCGUUUGCUGCAUCGACGAGUUUGACAAGAUGUCGGACGCCACGCGCAGCGUGCUGCACGAGGUCAUGGAGCAGCAGACGGUCUCGAUCGCCAAGGCGGGCAUCAUCACGACGCUCAACGCGCGGACCUCGAUUCUGGCGGCGGCCAACCCGGUAGGGUCCAAGUAUAACGUCAACCUGCCCAUCACGCGCAACAUUGACCUUCCGCCGACGCUCAUCUCGCGUUUCGACCUGGUCUACCUCGUCCUCGACAAGAUCGACGAGGCCAACGACCGACGGCUGGCGCGCCACCUGGUCGGCCUCUACCUCGAGGACAAGCCGCAGACGGGCGGCAGCGAGAUCCUGCCCAUCGAGACGCUGACGUCGUACAUUUCCUACGCGCGCAACCGCAUCUCGCCGGUGCUGACCAAGGAGGCGGGCGACGCGCUGGCCGCACGCUACGUCGAGCUGCGCAAGGUCGGCGAAGACCCGCGCAGCUCGGAGCGCCGCAUCACGGCCACCACACGUCAGCUCGAGAGCAUGAUCCGGCUCUCGGAGGCGCACGCCCGCAUGCGCUUCUCGGACGAGGUCGCGCUCAACGACCAGUCGUCGAUCCCUGUCGACCCGACGGACCUCUACGACCUGGUGCGCACCCUCGAGAGCGAGGGCGUCAUCAAGACGGCCGGCGAGCGCGAGAGGAAGACGGUCCGACGCCUCCAGAGCUAG